ACAUAGUGUUGCUAAAGUUUUAUUAAGCUAAACCUAAAACUAGAACAAUAACGAUUUUCCUGAACAUAUAAUGAGGAUAUUAGCGAUCAAGUUACAUUGGUUUGACUUGAAAGUAGUAUAUAAAUAUGAAAUUGAGAAUACCAUUCGCAGGCUCGGUUGCCUAUACCAAAUGGUAUGAGUAUUUAGAGUCUCAACCAAGAAGUUAAGGUUAAAGCCCUUGUCGGAGUAUUGAGUUGCAUUUCUGAGCAAGAUGCUUUACUUACGCCUCCCCCGAGGACUGUAAACGGUAAAUCGUAUUGGUAAAGCACGUGGGCAAAGAUGCUUUAUGGGUUAUUUGCAACUGACUAUGAUCUGAUCUACAAGAGUACAAAUACUUCUAGUCACGUUACAGAAACUAGAAUGCAUGUGUUUGUUUCUCAGGUGUCCCUAUGUGCAGGCUGUAAUGCUGUCCACCCUUAUGCUGCUUUUGUUAUUGGAAUCAUCGCUGGAAUGGCAUACGUUGCUUGGAGUACUCUCAUGUUGCGUGUAAGGGUUGAUGACCCCCUGGAUGCUGUGGCUGUUCAUUUCGGUGGUGGUUUCUGGGGAGUGCUGGCGGCUCCAAUAUUCAACAGGGAAUCUGGAAUCUUUUAUGCUGCCGACGAACAUUCAUUCCGUUUGUUUGGGUGGAACCUCCUGGGGCUGCUUGCCAUCGUUGCCUGGUCUGUCGUAAUGGCUUUCAUUUUGUUUUUUACUUUGCGACUCACUAAACAGCUCCGUGUCAGGGAAGAAAUCGAGUUGAAAGGUCUUGACAUACCCAAACACGGUGAGCCCGCUUACCCACUGGCCAGUUAUGGUGACGGCUGGGGAUCUAGCAAAUCCCAGGCAGGAGAAACAAAGGACUUGCACCAACAGCCAAAGUUUGAUUCACCUCAAAAAGGAGGUAGCCCUAACCCAGUCCAGAACGGCCAACCUAACAUGCCUGGAUCUCAAGAUAAUGUCAUCGCUAAUCCUGUCAACGCGCACUCAUAUAUAACAGCAAUCUGAACACCUUCUCCCGUACAAAUAUCUUUAGCUGACAUUUUCAGCAAGAUCUACACUAGGGUUGUUUCAACGGGAAUGCUGCGUAUAAUUCUAACCCGCUUUAGCAUAGACAGGUAACUCCAGCACACGCCUAUCUAGAAUAGCGAUCACUUCCAUAUUAACUUUACAGCAGUAUUUCUUAGUUACGACCAGGAAAUUAUCUCAGCUCGGCUACUGGCUACAUCAUUAGAAGAGCAAAAGCAAACAAUAAGAAAUGUUGUAAUGUACGGCUUAGAAAUGUUUAGUAAUGAUUUACGAUUCAUUUAUAGUAGUUAAGGCUUGCUAACAAAGAUAAAAGUUGAUUUGCUACGCAUAGAUGAGGAUUGAGAGUUGUAGAAGAGACAGCAAAGGACAAAGCGAGAGCUAGAAUCAGCGCUAGCGCGGAUGAAAUACUCUUCUCUGCAGCGUGAUUGUAGACGAAACAGGAAAACCAAUUGACCAUGCGCGGUUAUCAACAGACGGGAGCCGGUUUCCCUACUAAUAGAGCAAGUGAGGAAGAGGGCUCAUAGUUACCCAGAACUCUUGCUUAUUGGCCUUGAAGGUUAGAGAAUAAAAUGAAAACUAGAUUAAACUGUCCAUCAUGACAUGUAUUUACCGCUUUUAGGAAUGCUUGAUCUCGAGGGUAAACAUUAAUAGUGCUUCAAGAAAAAAUUUUUAAAAUACGCCAAAGCAAAUAUACUAUUCUACAUAAGUUACAUCUUGAUGGGAAAAUAAAAAGGUAUAUUAUU